UUUGGAUUACAGGACGAAAAGGCGCGAAAAAAGCAAGAAAUCCGCGAAAGACUCGAAGCGGAGAUGAAGUCCACGAAAAAGAAGGGAUUCAUGACUCCGGAGCGCAAGAAGAAGUUGCGGCAACUGUUGCGGAAGAAAGCGGCGGAAGAGCUGAAGAGAGAACAGGAGUUGAAAUCUAUUGAAAGGAAACGCAUUAUCGAAGAGCGCGCGGGACAGCCGAAGAACGUCAAGGACGAGACGGACGAGGCCGUUUUGAUCGCCAUUUGCAACGAAUAUUACAAACGGAUUGUGGCUUUGGAUGCGGAGAAGUUCGAUCUGGAGGUCACGACUGUGGCCAAGGAGUACGAGAUCAACGAACUGUCGGCCAAAGUGAAUGACGUCAGAGGAAGAUUUAUAAUUCCGCCGCUGAAGAAGAUCUCGAAGACGGCCACGCAGAUGGAGAAGAUGCGUCAGUGGACUAUGAAGUUAAUGAAACUCGAUAUGAAGGGCAGUCUGAAGCCCGUCAAGAAAGACAUCAGCAAAGAGUUGGGAGGCGUCGACACGAAGGCUCCCGAAUGGAAGAAAUCGAUGAACGAGUGAACAAUCGAUCGAUAGUUCGAUAGUCUCUAUAGAAAUCACAAAAUCAUCGCAAAUGACGUCACAAACCGUUUCUCCGAUUCUUUUCGACCAAAAACCGCUUCUUUUGCGCAAAACCCCCGAAAAGGACACCAA